AUGAUUGCUUCUUCCGCGCCCGACCUUUUGAUCCUCGCGAAAUCCAGUUCAACACUGUCAGACACGCCAAAUCUCGGGCCUGGGUCUUGCUGUCUCUCUUCACAACCCAGGAGAAUGGCCACCCGCCGCCGUGUGCGAUCCCAUCGGGCGCUGAAUGAUCUGCUGAAUGACGGCAAUGAUGCGGGGACGCCGCUGGAUAAGAGUCUUGUCAACAAUCCCAGGCCGUACUUGCACCAACACGCGACUGAGGAGCAUGCGACUCCGAAUCGUUAUGAGCCUGCUGAACGGCAAUGGGGACAGGCUGUCCCGACACCCGUCAGGGAGCCGCCACAACAACAACAACAACAACAACAACAACAGCAGCAGCAGCAACAACAACAACAACAGGGGAACCCACUGGAUAGGUUGACCGCACAAACCAUCUUGAGCCCGGCUACCUCCAAGGAUGUCACUCUACAUUUUGACAUGGACGUCACCGACGAUGUUGGCUACUUGCUGGAGGAGUUCUCCCGCCUCAAGCGGCUGGGCGACUUCCCGGCUGCCGCACGAUAUUUCAACGACCAUCUGAGUGACUUCGCCGACAUUCUCCCAGUUGUUAUCGAGUAUGCAGAUAUGCUCGUGGAGCAGGGUACAUAUCAGCAGCUAAAGGAUUUUCUACAACCCCAUAAUCAGGUGCUCCAGCGGACUACAAAAAUAGUUCGUAACAUCACGGAUGAGGAGCAGGAGACCUUGUUGUACCAAGCAAACCUCCAGCUUAUUGAUGCCUUCGGAUCUAUGCACUUAACAGGUAAUAUGGACAAGCCGUAUGAUAUGGUACGAGAGGUUGCAAAGUCUGCGCCUGCGAUCCUGCAAAAUCGGUCCCCAGCUCUUGGAUCGCUGGAUUCAUCUGAAGUACAAGUCUUUCGAUACGCACUCAAGAUCCUGUCCCGCGUCGAGAGAGAAUCAGAUUGGAUACCAGAGUCCGACUUUGACUUUUGGGCAAAUUGUGGGCAUUUAUAUAGACCGCUCAUUGCUAUGGGUCAGGUGUGGGAUGCCAGAGACCUUAUCUGCGCAUUGAUCGAGUCCGAGGGUGCAGCGAAUACGUGGGACAUCAUAUUGCACUCCGACAUCACAUCUUCAAAUGCCUUUACUAAGCUGCUCGCCGACUGGAAUAUGGAGCAGUAUGAUGAGGCAACGUACCUAGCAAUCCUUGACAUACUUGUACGUGCCAGUAACGCGUUGUCUUCUUGCACAUUUUCUGCUCCAACACCGGAAGCCUUAUCUCUGGCUGCCCAAUGUCUGAACCAUGCUCGUGAGAUUGCGACGUGCCUAAAGGAGAACAAUCCAGAUCUCGUACACUGUCGGUCAUACCUUGCCUGGAUUCUUGCUGAAACGCAACUGCGGCGGAAACGACAUCCUACUGGUUCGGACUUGGGAAGGCAUCUCAGUGGCUACCCAGGUCUCACAGUCUGGAGCAACACGCUCCCCAUAUAUCUCCCUAUUCGGUCCGAGAACCCAACAUGGAACCCACCUUCUGGCACCCCGGAGCAAGUCACAACAUCGGAUGACGAGCUGCUUGACGCGGCUGUCGAGGCAGCAAUGGGCCGAGAAGACUACCCAACAGAGGUAGCAUGCCUUGCAGAGCUGAUCUACCGCGGAUCAGGCGGACCACAAGUUCAAGAGCGACGGCUUUCCCGCAUGUACGACCUACAGUUCCGGUGCCAGAGGGAUGUCCUGAAUGCCCAGCAUACGUGCUUAUCCCGCUUUCUCACGCGAUCAAAUGAUCACGGUCGCAGAGCAUUACUCACAGACAUCAAAGAGCUACAGCGCCACAUCCCAAGCGAGGUCCCUUACACGCCCACCCUAACAUCUUGGUGGAUGCAAGUGGUUGAAAAGUCCAUUGAAUCUCAGACCCCCAGACCCACUAUAAAACCACUUUCCUCAGAUAAUGCCUUGUCCUCUGCUCGCAACCUGCCCCGGUACAUCAAAGACCAGCUGACAGUGCGCGGCCUGGCACGUUCAUACGGUCUUGACCUCGACGACCUCGACACUUUCGGCCACAGACGCACAACGUACUACAGUCGGUCUCCGGAACGGGCCAACAGAUUUGUACCGAAACCCCCAUCACCCCCACCAGCCCCAAGCAUAAGAAGGAGAGGAUCGUACGAACGGGAACGUCCUACCAGGCCCAGCAUCUAUGAUUAUCCACUUUUGCGUAAGGUGGUGCCCAGUAAGGGUAUCGUCACUCCCACUCGUCGUAUCCCUGAUCCAAUUGGGAUCUUCGGGUCGGAGAGUGAGCGCAACGAUGAAGAGCCGGGUGACGCAAUUGGUAGGAGGGCGAGAGGGUCGGUGGUUUAUCAUCGACCUGAUGACUCGGAUGAUGAAGAGAAAGUAGAGGAACAAGAGAAGGAGGGGGAUCACCAUGAUGCAGAGAAAUCAGAGGAAUCGGACGGUGAAAUGAAACCUCCUGUGAGGCAGAAUACGGUGGAGAUUGCCGAUGAGAGUGAGGUGGAGGAUGAGGUUAAUUAA